GGGGCUCGCCGGCCGUGCGCAGCACGCUGCAGCAGUGCGGGCUGCUCCAGGACCUCAUCGACAUCUCGCUGUCCAACCUGCGCGGGCUGCGCACGCAGUGCGCCGCGUCCAACGACCUCACGCAGCAGGAGAUCCGCACGCUGGAGGUGAAGCUGAUCGACUACAUCCAUAGACAGCGGCAGUGCAAGCUAAGCGUGCCCCUCAACGACAGGACUGCAGAGCUCAACAGCUACCCGCGAUUCAAUGACUGGUUAGACAUUGUCAACGUGAGGAAAGAAGUUGUGCAGAGAAUCCCAGAAGAGCUAACCUUAGAUGCCUUACUAGAAAUGAAUGAGUCAAAGGUGAAGGAAACCAUGAAGAGAUGUGGUGCCAGGGACGAGGAGUGCUCCAGACUCAACGGGGCCCUGAGCUGCCUGAGGAAGGUGACGGAAUCAGGUGGGGAGCUGAAGGACGACCCGCUGAUGAAUCUUGCGGAGAGCCAUCGAGAGAACAGCUCCACGAGCCCGCCAGAGCCCCCCUGCUCCUCUGCACCGCCGGGGACCCCCAGCCCUGCAUUGCACCCGAGCAGGGGCAGCGGCCAGGCACGUUCUGCAUCCGUGUCCACAAUCCCGCCCUCGGACUCUCUUGCUUCGAGCCACGGACCCUCUAUCUAUGCAGAUAACCUCCUGGACCCCUUUACCUUCCCCACACACAGUGGCAGGUUAACGCCAAGGACUCCUCACAGCAUCACCAUCACCCCCCCCACCACUCCUCAAGCCAAGAGGCGGCACAAGGUGAAGCCACCACGGACUCCUCCGCCCCCCUGCCGGAAGGUUUUUCAGCUGCUACCGAACUUUCCAACGCUCACAAGGAGCAAGUCCCACGAAUCACAGCUGGGCAACAGGAUAGACGAUAUUCCUCCAAUAAAGUUCGAGCUCUCCCAAGGAUCCCCACAAAUGGUACGAAGAGACUUUGGCCUCGCCGUGACACACAGGUUCUCUACGAAGUCUUGGUUGUCUCAGAUUUGCCAAGUCUGUCAGAAAAGCAUGAUGUUCGGGGUGAAGUGUAAGUACUGCAGGUUAAAAUGUCAUAACAAGUGCACUAAAGAGGCACCUGCUUGUAGAAUAUCCUUCCUUCCCAUAACAAAAAUAAGGAGGACAGAGUCUGUCCCUUCAGAUAUCAACAACCCUGUGGACAGACCGACGGAGCCGCAGUUUGGAACUCUUCCCAAGGCACUAACUAAAAAGGAGCACCCACCAGCAAUAAACCACCUGGACUCCAGCAGUAACCCUUCUUCUACAACCUCCUCCACACCAUCUUCCCCAGCACCCUUCCAGUCUUCCAACCCUCCCAGUGCAACGCCUCCCCCGAACCCAUCUCCCAUGGGCCAGAGGGAUGGACGCUUUAACUUCCCUGCUGCCUACUACAUUCAGCAUAGACAACAAUUUAUCUUCCCAGAAAUUUCCAGUCCUGCACAAGUAGCACAGCAUCCAGAAACAUCUGAAAACACUAAUGCUGCUGAUCUGCUGGACACAGAUGGAGCUCCUUGCGAAGCAGAGGUGGAAGAACCAGAGACAAAUAAAUCAGAACCUGAAGAUGAUGAGGAUGAGGUGGAAGACUUGCCAAACAGACGACCACACUUGCAAGGGAUGAUCUAUCGCAAACCCAGCCAAACCAGUGUCUACCUGCAGGAGUGGGACAUUCCCUUCGAACAGAUCGAGCUGGGGGACCCUAUCGGUCAGGGACGCUGGGGGAAGGUUUACAAGGGCAAAUGGCACGGAGAAGUGGCUAUCAGGCUGCUGGAGAUAGAUGGAAACAACCAGGAUCAUCUCAAGCUCUUUAAAAAGGAGGUGAUGAACUACAGGCAGACCCGACAUGAGAACGUGGUACUAUUCAUGGGAGCAUGCAUGAACCCUCCUCAUUUAGCAAUCAUUACCAGCUUCUGCAAAGGAAGGACCCUGCACUCAUUUGUGAGGGACCCCAAAAUAUCCCUGGAUAUUAACAAAACCAGGCAGAUAGCCCAGGAGAUCAUUAAGGGCAUGGGCUAUCUUCAUGCAAAGGGGAUUGUACAUAAAGACCUGAAAUCCAAGAAUGUUUUCUAUGACAACGGGAAAGUUGUAAUCACUGACUUCGGAUUAUUUGGAAUUUCGGGAGUGGUUCAGGAAGGAAGGAGAGAGAAUGAACUGAAGCUGCCUCAUGACUGGUUAUGUUACCUGGCCCCUGAAAUCGUUCGUGAGAUGGCCCCUGGGAAGGAUGAAGACAAGCUGCCUUUCUCCAAAGCUGCCGAUGUCUAUGCUUUUGGGACUGUGUGGUAUGAGCUCCAAGCAAGAGAAUGGCCUUUCAAAAACCAGCCUGCAGAGGCACUUAUCUGGCAAAUCGGGAGUGGUGAAGGAAUGAAACAAGUCCUUUCAACAGUUAGUUUGGGCAAGGAAGUCAACGAAAUUCUCUCAGCGUGCUGGUCGUUUGAUCUUAGUGAGAGACCCAGCUUCACUGUCCUUAUGGAUAUGCUCGAAAAGCUGCCAAAAUUGAAUCGUCGGCUCUCCCACCCAGGGCACUUCUGGAAAUCUGCAGACAUUAACAGUAGCAAAGUUGUCCUGCGUUUUGAAAGAUUUGGCUUGGGAAUCCUGGAACCAAGUAAUCAAAAGCUAUAGCGUGGUGUGUAAUGUCUUGUGGUCAUGGGGUCCACCUGCUACUUCCACAAAGCACCAGAAACCUUCACAGAGGCUGCUGAGCUCUGGCUGGCCUCCCUCUUGUUCGCACAGCCCGAGUUCUGCCCGAGCACCAGCAGCUACAUAAACAAUGUUUACAUUAUACUCAUGUGAACUAUAUUUUUUUAAGCAUAAUAAAAGGUGAAUCAAGUUUAACUGCCGCCAUUCAAACAGCACUGAAAAAGAGACUCUUUCUAGUUCCUUGCUGUAUCUGUGGCAUAAACAGGAGGUGCCUCCAAGCACUUGUUGCCCGUGGCCAGAGGGCUGCGCGGCUGUGGGGAGGGAGUCACAGCGGGGCUGCCACUGGCAGAGCUGGCUAUCGCAGAGGUUACAUACCAGGGAAAAGAGAGAGGCGAGGCCUCCUCUGCACAGCGUCACAGCAAGAGCUGUGUGUGCUCCUCAUUCCAGUAAUGACUGACCUUUAAGGAAGCGGCUGGGAAAAGCUUUUGAGCAAAGAACUGCCUUAAAUCCCCCUUCAGCCUCAAGAGGGAAGGGGCUGGUGCGGUGAUGCCUCUGGGCUUGCUGAACCGAGGGCACCUCCUGCUCCUGUGGGCUGUGCUGGAACCACCCGUGACAGCUACAGGUGACUCCCGGAGCAGGA